AUGACUCUGCUGCUCUUUGCGAAUAAAGUAGCUCCUGUACUUUACGAGGUCUACUACACAGCAAGCGAUUCCGGUUGCCCAGCAGGAGACAGCAAAUACGGACACUUCUUAUAUUUGCGCAAUGUCUACAUAGUUUGGUUCGACAAAACUUCGAGGCUUAUACUUAAGAGGUCGAUGAUCGGUCGCAGUGUUCCCUACGUGGGGGGUGGGGUAUAUGUCGAGUACAACGGACCAGUCGAUCCCAAAGACUUGGGCAUCGGCGUUUUCAUAACUAUAAUUCGGACUGGACGCGAUCGAGACAAUGAAAACGUAAUUAUGAAUGGCAAACUUGCAAAGGCAACACUGGCAGGUGAAGAUGUAUAUCCGCCGUCCGGCAAGGGUAGCGAUUUUUCGCGAAUGUAUUUCGAAUAUCCAUAUAACUUAAGAGUUGAGAUUAUCGAAAGGAAAAAACAAGACGAUAACUACAAAAAUGUGCUCUUAAACUACAAUGCAACACGAUGUGCGGAAACUGACAGAUGGAUCGCUAAUCAGGGUUAUUACAAGCUUAACGAAGUAACUGGUGUGUGGACUCCUGUAUAUUACGAUCCCACAGAAACGGAUUUUUACUAUCGUUAG